GAAUAUUUGUUGAACUAGAGUGGUUGUUUUUACGACUAAUUGAAGCGCAAAUCAUUGUUAUUUUUUUGUGUUCUUUUCCACAACAUAUUUUUUAUUACGGUAACCUCUCAGAGAAUUAAAGUAUUGAACCUUUGUGAUCCUUUGUCGGAAAACACAGUUAACCGACAUGCGCAAUGUUGAAUCACAAAAUAAUAUGUAUUACUCUAAAAAUUUCAUUUGAAGAGGAAAAAUACUACGUAUGAAGUGUGCCCUGUUGAAACCAAUUCCUUAAUAGACGAAAUGAUAAGAGAAAUACCCACAAUACUUUACAUACAUGAACAAAAAACACUAAAAUGUUUCAUGAUAGCAUACCAAUGCAGGUAAUGCAGUAAAUAGAUUUGCCUAAAUUAUAGUGAAUUGUCCAUACACAAAAUUCAUAAAACAUUUAUUUAAGAAGCCGCCAUCAAAUUUAAUUACAAUAGAGCUAAGAAAUAUCAAAUGAAUUUAUGAAAAUCACCUUAUAUAGUGGUAUCUUAUAAAAUUCAUAACAAGUAAUAUAAAGUGAAUGAUGCAUUAUAAAUAUGAUCAUAAUACAAAAAAUAUAUCGUUGGAACAAAAUCCAUCUCAUACAACACACAUUGUUUGGCCAUUUUUAAUACAGGGAGCUAUUGAAACACCACAUUGCAUUGGAACAGGAAAACCCCCAGACACCAUUCAAAUCUUGUUAUGGACAACCGUAGCUGUUUUCGGAAUUGUAUAUACACUAUUAGGAUAUCGCUGUUUAAGAGCUAUCGGAUUUUUGACUGGUUUAGCUACUGGUGCUGGGCCUAUAUUGUGGUUACAACAAGGACAGAUCACAGUUUUAGGUAGAGAAACUGUACCUGCUUUAGCCAUUGUGACUGGUCUUUUUGGAGCAAUAUUAGGAUCUGCACAUCCAAUAGCAUCUGUAUUGAUCGGGGGUUUUUGUGGAGCUUUGUUAGCAGCAGCCGCAAUUGCUGCAUGUAUUGUUAGUUUUCCCGAUCAAAUAUUUGGAAAGCAAGAAUUAUUAGUGGCUACUGGUGGGGGUGCAAUAAUUUUUGCCGUUUUGGCUCUUUGUUGUGGUAAAUUCAUAACAAUAUUGUCGACAAGCUUUUUUGGAUCUUUUAUGAUUACCUGUUCAAUUGAUUUUUUUAUGCAUGGAUUAGAAACUAUAGAUUGGCUAGUCAACGUAAAACCAGAAUUAGAAUAUCCCAAAUGUUGGGGAGGUAUAUUACUAUGUUCUUGGCCAAUAGCAGCUAUUUUAGGAAUAUUGGUACAAUGCUUUAUUACUGCAUGGCGUAUUGAUCAUAAACGACAUAAGCGUCGUAGACGUCGUCAACGUUCCAGAUCUUCUGGACAUCGUCCACGCGAAACUCGCGAAGAAGCCAGGCAACGAAAAUACCGUUACUUGUAUCAAGUAAGAACUGCCCGGGGUGAUAUAAUAUCUCAAAAUUUUGUAUCAGCUCUGCAAAAACGUGUACAAUCCGGACCUUCUUCAGAACCGUCUACAAAAACAAGCUCAAAUGAACAUAAUACAAAUAGAAGCGAUCUUACGCAUAUGACAAACUUAGCAGAUUGUGAUGUCAACCGCAUAAACUUUAUUAACGAACCAAUAUGACUAAGAUAAGUGUUUUAUAAACAAUUUUGUUUUUUGUCAUUAAAUUAAUCCGCUCAGGAGCAACCUUAAUAGUUUAAAAAAAAUCAUUUUAGUAAUUUUUUUACAAAGAUUUAAAUAAUUUAAACGAAUUUUAUUUUAUUUUAUUUUUUUUUUUUUUGAAAAUAUUUCAAUAUACAUAUGUAUUUAUAUAUGCCAGAAUAUGUAUUUUUUAUUAGUUAUUUUGAGAAAAGUUUCGAAUGAAGUUGGGCUGGAACAGCAAAAAACUUCUGAGUAGACAAAAAUAAAAGUCCUAAAUAAGGUGGUGGUGGUUUAAAAGGGUAUUUUUGAUCCGACGCUAUUAUUGAAUGAUGCGUCAUUUUCCCCAUUAUUUUCAUGGAAUGCAGAUGAAAAACAAACUAGAUAUUACAUAUUACCAGUAAACAUUAAAAACAGUUGAAUCAAAAUAGAUAGCCAGCAUUCCUACAACAAUUUUUUAAAUUAUUAAGAAAUGUGACAAAAACUCAAUUUUUACCAAUGUAUGAUGUUAUUGUUUAUUUGUACAAGUAAAUAAAAAGGUUGCGAUAAAUAAUACACUUUUGAGGAUAAAUUAUUUACUAAAUCCUCAAUAUAAAUUCUAAAGCCGCAUCAUUUAUAACACAUGACUUCAAACAGAUAUUUUACCGAGCAUUUUCUAACAUUUAGAUACAUUGUUGUAAUGUCUCUGAAUGUAAAUGUUCUAAAUGUCUUUAAAAUCAGUUUUCUUUAACGCAGAAGGCUAUGAACAUUGAAAGUCAUAUUCAGACGAACAAUACAAUACAAAGAGCACGCGAAAUGGAGAAAAUGAAAGCAAAAUGGAAAUUUUAUAAAGCUAAAGAAAAUCUUCGUUUAAGUCUGCAAAUUGUGAGUUUAAGAAAAAGUCUACACGAUCAAAUAAAUGGCACUCCAUUCCUCAAUUGUGUUGAAUUACCAAUUAUCAACAUAGACCUUUGGGAUAUUUUUAAUGAACGCUUAGAUUAUCAAGAAGGAGAGAUAGCUGGAAACUAUGGUCAAGCGGAAAAACAAAAGAUUGAAAAAAUCUAUGGUGACAGCAAACCAAUUUUCAAAUAUGCUGAGACGAAUAAUAGCAAAUUUUAGUUCAAGCCGUGUUUCAUAAAAAACCUAUAAUAAAAAACACUGUAAUAUAUUUAUCUGAUGAACAAUAUUUAUUAACC